GCAAAGUGAGAACAACUUCGUGCCUAAAUUUAAAGGCUCCCUCAACCCACCCAGGUCGAUCAAGAAUUUUGGGAUUGAAGGUACAGAACGAACAACCAGUUCUCGGGCUAUACAAUUCCCACUCUCUCCCUCUCUAUGCUCCUCGGUCGCACUCUGCGAGCCAUUCGAAUAGACCGUUUUCCCAAAAGACUUCAUCCACUCCACCGCUCCUAUACAAUGGCUCCCACAGCAACCCUCCCCAAGGAUGUUCGUCCAAUCAUCAUCUCCGGCCCCUCGGGCGUUGGCAAAGGCACGCUCUACAAGAUGCUGCAGGAUGCGCACCCGAACGUCUUCGAGACGAGCAUAUCACACACAACCCGGGGCGCAAGGCCAGGAGAGGCGCACGAAAAGGACUACUACUUUGUGAAGAUGGAGGACUUUGAGGAUCUGAUUUCGAAGGAGGGGUUCGUGGAACAUGCGCAGUUCGGGGGGAACAGAUACGGGACGAGCAGGGAGAUGAUUGAGAGGUUGACCAAGGAGGGGAAGGUGGUUAUUUUGGAUAUUGAGAUGGAGGGCGUUAAGCAGAUCAAGAACACAACCCUCGAUGCCAGAUACGUGUUUAUCGCACCGCCAAACUUUGAGGCUCUCGAGUCCAGAUUAAGAGGCAGAGGCACAGAGAAGGAGGAGAGCAUCCAGAAGCGACUACAGCAGGCGAAGGCCGAGUUGGAGUAUUCGAAGGUUGAGGGGGUCCACGACAAGAUCAUUGUGAAUGACGACAAGCAGAAGGCAUUUGAGGAGUUGAACGAAUUUGUUUUCGGAAAGGAGUAAAUAAAGUAGGAUACAUAUCUGUGGGAAAGAGUGAGGUGUACAAAUGGGCAAUUGGGGUUAAAUGCCAGUAACCCGGCGCUCGGUAGCCAAGUAGACAAGAAAUAGACGUAUUGAGAAUCUUGCCGC